CCCCCCUGCCUCCCUGUCUCUGCAUUGUUGUUUCCCACUCGACAGAGGAUGGGGUCGGCGGAUGCUUAGGUCGGAAGCGAGUCCUGCCUCCCCCCGAAGCCUGGUAAUAUUGAUGUAGGCAACGAGCGAGAGGAGCGAGGGAGAGAGAGGAAAGGGAGGAGGGGAGAAGGCAAUCGAACCCCUAAGUCAAUGCAUAUUGUGGUGACACCGGCACCGGAGCCCUCGCGGUGGAGUCGGCCAGGGCUGUGCGCUCCCAAAAUAUGACCAGGGGUGCUUGGAUGUGUCGGCAGUAUGACGACGGAUUAAAAAUCUGGUUGGCAGCACCCCGGGAGAACGAGAAACCGUUCACCGACUCGGAGAGGGCUCAGAAAUGGCGACUGUCUCUGGCCUCCUUCUUGUUUCUCACAGUCCUGCUCUCUGAUCACUUGUGGUUCUGCGCCGAGGCCAGGCUGACCCGCGCCCGGGACAAGGAGCAGCAGCGGCAGCGGCAGCGGCAGGAGCAGCGGCAGCGGCAGCGGCAGCACGAGCCGUCCUGGCCCGCGCCCCUGGCGAGCAUGGGGGAGCCCUCGCCCGCCGCCCAGGCGCCCAGACUCCUCUCCGCCUCCCCGUCCCCCACCCUGCCCCCCUCCCCGGGCGGCGGCGGCGGCGGCGGCGGCGGCGGCGAGGGCGGCCGAGGCGCCGACAGCCGGGGCAAGGCUCUUCCUCCAGGAAACUCUGCCAGACCCGCGUGGCGCCUGGAGACUUGUUACCCGCAGGGCGCCUCCUCGGGCCAGUGCUUCACGGUGGAGAGCGCGGACGCCGUGUGCGCCAGGAACUGGAGUCGGGGGGCGGCGGCCCGCGGGGAGCGGCGGCAGCAGACCCGGGGCCCGCCGCAGCCGGCUCCGCUCUGGAACUUGUCGGAUUUUUACCUUUCGUUUUGUAAUUCCUACACACUUUGGGAGUUGUUCUCGGGGUUGUCCAGUCCCAACACUUUGAACUGUAGUCUGGAUGUGGUGCUCAAGGAGGGUGGUGAGAUGACCACUUGCAGACAGUGCGUCGAGGCUUACCAAGACUACGACCACCACGCUCAGGAGAAAUACGAAGAGUUUGAAAGCGUGCUGCAUAAAUACUUACAAUCAGAGGAGUACUCGGUGAAAUCGUGUCCUGAGGACUGUAAGAUCGUCUACAAAGCCUGGCUAUGUUCCCAGUACUUCGAAGUCGCGCAGCUGAACUGCAGAAAGACGAUCCCUUGCAAGCAAUACUGUUUGGAGGUUCAGACGCGGUGUCCGUUCAUAUUGCCCGACAAUGACGAAGUCAUCUACGGGGGCCUCUCCAGCUUCAUCUGUACAGGGCUCUACGAAACCUUUCUAACCAAUGAUGAACCAGAAUGCUGUGACGUCAGGAGAGAAGCGAAACCCAAGAGCCCCUCCAAGGGGGCGGUGGACAGAGGCGGCGCCUGCCCCCGGACGUCGCUCUCGGCCUCGUCGGCGCCCAGGCUGGGCCCCAGCAGACUUAGACUGUGCGUCCUCGUGCUGAUGCUUCUCCACACGGUCCUCACGGCCUCGGCGGCGCACAACGCCACUGCCCUGGGCGUCGGGGGCGUCCACGCGCUGGACGAACGCUCAGCCAGCGAGGAGUAGGGACUCCGCACCCUGGAGCAUCCUCGCCACCCCGGCCGCCCGCCCGCGCAUCCCCGCCUGGGUACCGGACCUGAGCGCGCAUCCCUUCGCGCAGGGCCUGGAUGGCCUGAAUCCAAACCAGGAGACACAUACACCACACACACACACACACACACACACACACACACACACACACACACACACACACCACACAUACACACACACACACACCACACAUACACACACACACACACAGCUUUUUACGGACUAAAAAGCUGGAAAGUGACUUCGAUUUCUCACAGCAUUUUAUACACUGUGUUUUAAUGUUUGGAGGUUUUCUUUGCUUUCCUUUGGACUUGAGUUUAUCUGUUUGUUUUGUUUUUGCACUUGUUAAUACAGGCUUUAUUUGGGGGGAUGGUUUCUCAGAGGUAAACUAAGUCUUUUCACUGUCUCUCUCUCUCUCUCUCUCUCUCUCUAUAUAUAUAUAUAUAUUUCUAGUCACUGUGUGUGUUCAUCAGAUAGUUCUGUUUCCUGUCCUGUCUGUUUCUAUUAGCGGAAUGACAGCUAUGACCUUGCGGUAUAGCAAAAAAAAACAAAAACAAAAAAACAAAAAAAAAACUACAACACACACACAAACACACAAAAAAAUCAUAAAAAGAAAAAAAAAGACAAAAAAAAAAAAAAAAAAGAAAACAAGAAG